AAAAAAAAAUGUUUAGGACUGUUAAGAGCUCUGGGAGCUGAGGAUUCUUUCAAGAAGAGGUGAAAAUAAGAAGAUAUAUAGGAUAAGCUGACAUCUGCUCCGUCUCUUCAAUAAGACAAUAGAUUACUUUUCUGUGUUUUGUUUUUUUUCCCUUCCACUCGUGCGACUGGUGGCGUUUCCAGGUUUUGAAUCUUAGGUCAAUCCUAAGGGAAAGUUAAUCUCGUCUGCCUUUCGGAGUGAUGUCGAAUCCCGGGACACGAAGAAAUGGGUCGAGCAUCAAAAUCCGCCUUACAGAACAAGAGAACAUAAUUUGAAUAUUUCAGUUACAUGCUACAGUGGUCGGGACUACUGCUUCAUGGACCCAGCAUCCAGGAUUCAAAUCCUGCAUUUGACUGUUGAAUCUGUGGAUUUUUCAUGCUCUCCCUUUGUCCAGUUUUAUGUGCCAAGAACCUGGCAAAGAAAGAUUUCUUUAGGUUACCAGAUCCUUUUGCCAAAGUAGUAGUUGAUGGAUCAGGUCAAUGCCACUCAACUGAUACAGUAAAGAGCACAUUAGACCCAAAGUGGAACCAGCACUAUGAUCUGUACAUUGGAAAAACUGACUCUAUAACCAUCAGCAUUUGGAAUCACAAAAAGAUCCACAAAAAACAGGGAGCUGGCUUCCUCGGUUGCGUGAGACUCUUAUCAAAUGCUAUCAGCAGACUGAAAGACACUGGUUACCAACGUCUGGAUCUAUGCAAACUAAAUCCAACUGAUAAUGAUACAGUUCGUGGUCAAAUUGUAGUAAGUUUACAGACUCGUGACAGGAUAGGUACUGGUGGACCUGUUGUGGAUUGCAGAGGACUUUUAGAGAAUGAAGGACCAGUUUAUGAAGACUCGGGACCAGGAAGGCCUCUUAGCUGUUUUCUGGAGGAGCCCUUGCCAUAUACAGACAGUACAGGUGCUGCUGGUGGAGGAAACUGCCACUUUCUGGAAUCACCUAAUCAGGAGCAAAGGCUUCAAACAGAGAGGCUACGAAAUCAAGACGUUAGAGGUCAUGUGUAUACUCCUCAGCAUAGACCACAUGGGCAUCAAUCACCAGAGCUGCCUGAGGGUUAUGAGCAAAGAACAACCGUACAGGGUCAAGUUUACUUCCUGCACACGCAGACCGGAGUCAGCACAUGGCACGAUCCAAGAAUACCCAGAGAUCUGAACAGUGUUAGCUGUGAAGAUUUAGGUCCAUUGCCACCUGGCUGGGAAGUCCGAAGUACAGUAUCUGGAAGAAUAUAUUUUGUUGACCACAAUAACCGAACAACUCAAUUUACUGAUCCAAGAUUGCAUCAUAUAAUGAGUCAGCAUUCUCAGGUAAAGGAAUCGAGCCAACAGCUACCUGUACCAACUGAUGUGCCUCCAGAAGACAGUGAAGUUGAAGUGCCUGCACGCUAUGAAAGAGACUUGGUUCAAAAACUAAAAUUUUUGAGGCAUGAACUCUCUCUUCAGCAGCCACAAGCCGGUCAUUGUCGCAUUGAAGUUUCUAGAGAGGAGAUUUUUGAGGAGUCUUACCGACAAAUCAUGAAAAUGAGACCUAAAGACCUGAAGAAGCGACUUAUGGUAAAAUUCAGGGGUGAAGAAGGCCUGGAUUAUGGUGGAGUUGCAAGGGAAUGGUUAUAUCUCCUGUGCCAUGAAAUGUUAAAUCCAUAUUAUGGACUGUUUCAGUAUUCAACAGAUAACAUCUACACGCUUCAGAUCAAUCCUGACUCCUCAAUUAAUCCAGAUCAUUUGUCAUACUUCCACUUUGUGGGUCGUAUAAUGGGCCUGGCUGUUUUUCAUGGACAUUAUAUUAAUGGAGGGUUUACAUUACCUUUCUACAAGCAGCUACUGGGAAAACCAAUACAAUUAUCAGAUCUGGAAACUGUUGAUCCAGAGUUGCACAAGAGUUUGGUUUGGAUUCUUGAAAAUGACAUCACCUCAGUGCUAGAUCAUACAUUUUGUGUGGAACACAAUGCUUUUGGUAAAUUUCUACAACAUGAACUUAAACCAAACGGUAGAAAUAUUGCAGUUACAGAGGAAAAUAAAAAAGAGUAUGUAAGAUUGUAUGUAAAUUGGAGGUUCAUGAGAGGAAUCGAGGCACAGUUUCUAGCUUUACAAAAAGGAUUUAAUGAGCUGAUUCACCAACAUUUACUAAAAGCAUUUGAUCAUAAGGAACUAGAGCUUAUCAUUGGAGGCCUUGGCAAGAUAGAUCUCAAUGACUGGAAAGCCAACACUCGCCUGAAGCAUUGCGUUGCUGAUAGCAACAUUGUCAAGUGGUUUUGGCAAGCGGUGGAAGCUUUUGAUGAGGAGAGAAGAGGGAGGUUGCUUCAAUUUGUCACAGGCUCCACUCGUGUUCCCCUUCAGGGAUUCAAGGCACUCCAAGGUUCUACAGGUUCUGCAGGACCCCGGUUGUUUACUAUUCAUCUGAUAGAUGCAAACACAGACAACCUGCCGAAAGCUCAUACUUGUUUUAAUCGAAUUGAUAUUCCUCCAUAUGAAACGUAUGAAAAGCUCUAUGAGAAACUCCUUACUGCUGUAGAAGAAACCUGUGGGUUUGCUGUGGAGUGAACAGAGGGACCAGCUGAAGCAGUAAACUACCGGUAACCAAAAAGAGAGAAAAAAAAAAUAAAGAGCAAGAGAGAAAGUACAGGAAUGUCCUGUGAGCUUCCUGCUGAGCAGAGUGAAAAACCGCCAGUCAAGCCUGGAAACAAAACCAGGGUCGGACGAAAGCAAGCCGCUGUCUGAGCACAAAUGAUAAAAUGGCGGGCUAAAGGACUUCAGGAUAUUCUUGUAAGGAAUGAAAAUGCCCUAUCAGAACAAAUACGUGUGCAGCAGGUCUUUGCCAUUGUUAUGCUAGUCAGUCAUUCUGAUCAAGGCACUUUGGGCUGCUGAACUUCAUUAGUGGCUUAUUUUACGACAUUCUGACAGUUUUUUUUUCAAUGCAAGAUUAUUUUUAAACUAAUAACAUUUGCCCACGAGUACUAUCCAAAGUAUAGAGACUGAUCUCGUAAGGAACUUGAUUCUCAGUUCACAAACUGAAUGCUCGGCUUUACGUCUUAAUUGUAAUCUGUGUUUGUCUUUUGUUUUUGAAAUUUAGUUACAAGCCAAUGACCAAAUAUACACAUUUC